AUGGUCAAAGCCAGCGCGCCUGCGGUCAGCGCCGGCCCGGGCAUCUACAGCGCUACGUACAGCGGCAUUCCCGUCUAUGAAUUCCAAUUCGGAGCCGACCUAAUGGAGCAUGUUAUGCGACGAAGGCAUGAUGAUUGGAUCAAUGCAACUCAUAUAUUAAAGGCUGCUGGCUUUGAUAAGCCAGCCCGUACCAGAAUCUUGGAACGAGACGUACAAAAGGAUAUUCAUGAAAAGAUUCAAGGAGGAUACGGCAAAUAUCAAGGAACUUGGAUUCCCCUCGACUCUGGCGAGGCCCUCGCUCAACGCCACAGCAUUUACGACCGACUGCGACCCAUAUUCGAAUUCGUCCCUGGAAAUGAGAGUCCUCCGCCAGCACCCAGACAUGCAACCAAACCAAAAGCAUCCAGGGCCAAGCCGGUCCCGCCUCCGCCUCCAAAAUGGGGUGCGGGCGCUGUAAUGGCACGUCACGAAGAAUUUGACAGUGGAGACAUGAUGAUGGGCGAGGACGACACGCCGGACAACUUGACCGUGGCGUCGGCAUCUUACAUGGCAGACGACGACCAUUUCGACAUGUCCCACAUGUCAACGGGUCACAGAAAACGAAAGAGGGAGGAGCACAUGCAAGACCUCACGGAACAGCAACAUGCGGUAUACGGGGACGAGUUGCUGGACUACUUUUUGCUCUCUAGAAAUGAGCAGCCCGCCGUCAAACCCGACCCCCCGCCAAACUUCCAACCGGACUGGCUCAUCGACGCCGAAAACCACACUGCUCUGCACUGGGCGUCUGCCAUGGGUGAUGUCGACGUCAUCAAGCAGCUGAAGCGGUUCAACUCAAACAUCGCAGUAAAGAACAUACGCGGAGAAACUCCGUUCAUGCGCUCUGUCAACUUUACCAACUGCUACGAAAAACAAUCAUUUCCUGCAGUGCUGAGGGAGCUGUUCGAAACGGUAGACUCCAGAGACAACUCUGGCUGCACAGUCAUUCAUCACGCUGCCGUGAUGAAGAAUGGCAGAGUCUUCAGCCCCUCUUGUUCACGGUACUACUUGGAUCUCAUCCUGAACAAACUGCAAGAAAACGUGGAUCCCUCCACCUUCCAACAGAUGCUAGACGUGCAAGACAAUGAGGGCAACACGGCACUCCACCUCGCUGCUCAGAGAAACGCUCGCAAGUGCAUCCGCGCGCUCCUUGGUCGGAAUGCAUCAACAGACAUUGCCAACAACGAGGGCAUCCGAGCCGAGGACCUGAUUAUGGAACUCAAUGCCGCUAAGAAGGAACGUGGACCGCAACGAUCGUCUUCGCCAUUUGCGCCCGACUCACAGAGGCACGCCUCGUUCCGAGACGCUUUUGCCGACAGCAAGAAGAAGCCGCCGAUAUCCUUCCAGUCAGCGGCCGCGACCACAGUGCAAUCACGAAUUGCGCCGCUGCUCAUGGAAAAGUUUCAAGACUUGGCCAAGAGCUACGAUGAAGAAUGGCACGAAAAGGACGUCGCGGAAACGGAAGCAAGGCGCAUCCUGGCAAACACGCAGGCGGACCUGCACUCGACGCACCAGCAAAUUGCCGAGCUCGAGGCCCAACUCGAGACGGACGACGAGGCAGCCAAGAUGAUGGGGGAGGCCAACAGAUGCAAACAUCAGGUGUUGUCUCUGAUAACGCACCAGAACAGACUCCACGUUCACCAAGCGGUGGAAGGCGACAUGAACAGGGCCAAUGGCGACAAUGGCGAAAACGACUCGUACGACGAGAGGCUGUCCCUCGCGCGUCAGCUCAACUCACUAAUCAGCGAGCUGCGGCAGGCAGAAAGCGACUAUGUAGACGCUCUGAGCAUGGUGGGGACAGGAGACAAGAUUGAAAAGUACAGGAGACUGCUCAAGAGAUGUCUGGAUCAGAAGGACGGCGAGAUCCUCGAUUCGAACCUGGACAGCCUGAUUGAAAUGAUGGAGGAAGAGAGGGAGGUGAAUGAUGUGGACGGCGCGGCAGCAUCGGCAGGCGACCCCAUGGACUUUGGCGUUGGCGGCGUAUAG